AUGCCUGAGAAGCCCCUCACAAUCGCAACCUAUGCAGCGGGCGCCUCUCUUGCGGCCAUCACUCUGGUCUACGUCUUUGGGCCGACAUUCUUCAUCGACGAUGACGGCUCAAGCACGAAAAAGAAGAGCGUCGUCGGCCUCAGCAAUGCCGCCAACGACUGCUUCAUAAAUUCGGUGCUGCAGGCGCUGGCAGGAUUACCCGACUUGCGCAUCUACCUCAUACGGGAAACCCACAGGCGGAAGCUCGACGGGCCAGAAGUGUACGAGGUGGACCCUGGACGACUGAACACGGACAACUCGUCGGUGACGCCCGGAAAGCUGGAGGGCCUGCAGCAGGGCGUGCUGACCUAUGGCCUGAAGGAUGUCCUCGAUGCGCUGAACGAGCGGCCCAUCUACAAGAAGACCAUCUCGCCGCAGCCCUUCAUACGCUCGCUCGAGCGUGCAUUCGGCACCCGCAUCAGUCGCCAGCAGCAGGAUGCGCAGGAAUUUCUCCAGAUCGUCACCGAGCGCCUAUGCGACGAAUACCACGCCGGAAGUAAGGCCAGGCGGCAGGCCCUGAAGCGCGGCAUCAACGUCGCGAACGGCGACACAGCGUCCGAGCGAAGCAAAAUCAUCGAGCAGUUUGGCACCGCGCCCGCUGCAGCCUCGGACAGCAACACGAUCGAGGAGGAGGAGGAAGAUGACGACGAAGACGAGGAUAAGCCGCCGGUUGACGAAGACGGCUUUCCCUUCGAAGGCAAAAUCGAGUCGCAAAUCGAGUGCGAGACAUGUCACUUCAAGCCGAAGCCGUCAGUCUCCACAUUCGUCACCCUCACCUUGAACGUCCCACAAGUCUCGUCGACGUCGCUGAACGCGUGCUUCGACGGUAUGCUGAAGGUCGAAUCCAUUGACGACUUCAAGUGCGAGCGAUGUCGCCUGGAACAUGCCUUGCGGAGCAAGGACCACGAGCUGUCACAAGCUACAGACGUAGAGGUCAGAGAGCGCAUACAGUCGGACAUUGUAAAAAUACGGCAUGCCAUGGAAACAGACCCAGAAAACCCACCAAAAGACGUCGAGCUCCCCGAUUCCAAGCAAUCGCCCAAGCGGAGAAUAUCGCGCCACAUGUACAUCUCCCAAUUUCCCAAGGUCCUCGCCAUCCACCUCUCGCGAUCAGUCUAUGCCAUUGGUAGCGCAUCAACGAAGAAUCUGGCCAAGGUGUCAUUCCCUGAAACCCUCCCACUAGGUGGCUUACUACAUCGAAAGAACUACAAACUGCUCGGUGCGGUCACACACAAGGGCAGCCACAACAGCGGUCACUAUGAGGCUUUUCGACGCCAAGUGCAGCCUCUACCCUUCUCGACACCAGUCUCGUUUGGUACAGAAGGCGCAUACAGUCGACUCGCCUUCAGUGAAGUCAUUCUCCUCACAAGACUCCAUGGCGACAACGUCAAGAGGCCCUGCGCCAACAUCCGCACCACGCGAGCCGGAUACGAAUUCACUGAAACUUCCUCCCUCAUCCUCUGA